CUCCACAUCCACUGCAUCUGUGGGAGCAGCUGUGGGGCAGAGGUAAAACCACACUCCUGAGGAAGAACAAACGCUCAGCAACGAUGGAGCUGUACUGCACAGAGCCCAGGAGACUGGACGAGUUCAUCAAAAGAAACUUGGAGCCAGUUGGAUUUAAUGCUGAGGUGAAGCAGGCUGUGCACAGAAUCUGUGAAUUUUUAAAGAAUCGAUGUUUCAUGCAUCAACCCAGCAUUAAAGUGAUCAGAGCUGUUAAGGGUGGGUCAUCAGGCAAAGGUACAGCCGUAAAAGAGAGCUCAGAUGCAGAUCUUGUCGUCUUCCUCAGUUGCUUCAAAAGUUUCCAGGACCAGAGAGACACCAGGCUUGGAAUUCUGGGGGACAUUCAGCAAAUGCUGGAAGAAUGCUCCAGGAGCCUUGCGUAUGAGAUCCGUGAUAUUACUAUCACCUCAAUAAAACAAAGCAGCAUCCCACCAAAAUCUCUGAGCUUUGAGUUGAGAUCAAAGAAAUCUUCAGAGAGUGUGUCAUUUGAUGUUCUGCCGACCUAUGAUGCAUUAAAGGGGAAGUCCAAUGCGAAUGAAGCACAUUGUGAAUUGAUCAGAUUUAGAAGCAGAAACAGCACCACAGAUGGAGAAUUUUCUGCCUGCUUUACUGAACUUCAGAGAGCGUUUGUAAAGAAGUAUACUUCAAAAGUCAAAGAUUUGAUCCGCCUGCUGAAAUAUUGGUACAAACUGUACGUGAAGCCACGGCAGUCAGAGUUGAGAGCCGGAACACGACUGCCACCAAAGUAUGCCCUGGAGUUAUUGACUAUCCAUGCCUGGGAACAAGGUAAUGGCAAGGAGAGAUUUGACACGGCUGAAGGGUUCCGCACAGUCCUGGAACUGAUCUGCAGACAUCGGGAACUGUGCAUCUACUGGACUGACUACUACGAUGUCACUAAUGGAUCCUUGGCAGAAUUUUUAAAAAAUAAACUCCGUGAGAGGAGACCAGUAAUUCUCGACCCUGCUGAUCCAACUGGAAACGUGGCUUCAUCAGGUGUCUGGGACGUGAUGGAAGAUGAAGCCAGGAAGUGCCUAAGAAUGCCUUGUGUCUCUGGCGUCAGUCCUUGGCAUGUCCAGCCAGUGAAGACAUUUGGAGUCACCCUGGGUGUAAUGGAGAUAUUUGUCAGAAAAGAUGGACGUGACCAGACGAUCCAGGUUUUGCCAGAUGACCAGGUUUCAAGUUUAAAAGAUAAAAUUGAAUCCCUGCAGCGAAUCCAGCGAAGCCAGUACUACUUAACCUUUCAAUCAACGCCGCUUGAAGAUGCACGUACACUGCAAUCUUAUGGCAUUAAGCACCAUUCUACCAUCCUUGUCAACCUGAGAUUGCGUGGUGGCACUGAGAUUCAACUUCCUAAUGCAGUGGAUCCUAACUUUUAUAAAGAGGUUACUGUCGGUUCUGCUCCACAUCCACUGCAUCUGUGGGAGCAGCUGUGGGGCAGAGGUAAAACCACACUCCUGAGGAAGAACAAACGCUCAGCAACGAUGGAGCUGUACUGCACAGAGCCCAGGAAACUGGACGAGUUCAUCAAAAGAAACUUGGAGCCAGUUGGAUUUAAUGCUGAGGUGAAGCAGGCUGUGCACAGAAUCUGUGAAUUUUUAAAGAAUCGAUGUUUCAUGCAUCAACCCAGCAUUAAAGUGAUCAGAGCUGUUAAGGGUGGGUCAUCAGGCAAAGGUACAGCCGUAAAAGAGAGCUCAGAUGCAGAUCUUGUCGUCUUCCUCAGUUGCUUCAAAAGUUUCCAGGACCAGAGAGACACCAGGCUUGGAAUUCUGGGGGACAUUCAGCAAAUGCUGGAAGAAUGCUCCAGGAGCCUUGCGUAUGAGAUCCGUGAUAUUACUAUCACCUCAAUAAAACAAAGCAGCAUCCCACCAAAAUCUCUGAGCUUUGAGUUGAGAUCAAAGAAAUCUUCAGAGAGUGUGUCAUUUGAUGUUCUGCCGACCUAUGAUGCAUUAAAGGGGAAGUCCAAUGCGAAUGAAGCACAUUGUGAAUUGAUCAGAUUUAGAAGCAGAAACAGCACCACAGAUGGAGAAUUUUCUGCCUGCUUUACUGAACUUCAGAGAGCGUUUGUAAAGAAGUAUACUUCAAAAGUCAAAGAUUUGAUCCGCCUGCUGAAAUAUUGGUACAAACUGUACGUGAAGCCACGGCAGUCAGAGUUGAGAGCCGGAACACGACUGCCACCAAAGUAUGCCCUGGAGUUAUUGACUAUCCAUGCCUGGGAACAAGGUAAUGGCAAGGAGAGAUUUGACACGGCUGAAGGGUUCCGCACAGUCCUGGAACUGAUCUGCAGACAUCGGGAACUGUGCAUCUACUGGACUGACUACUACGAUGUCACUAAUGGAUCCUUGGCAGAAUUUUUAAAAAAUAAACUCCGUGAGAGGAGACCAGUAAUUCUCGACCCUGCUGAUCCAACUGGAAACGUGGCUUCAUCAGGUGUCUGGGACGUGAUGGGAGAUGAAGCCAGGAAGUGCCUAAGAAUGCCUUGUGUCUCUGGCGUCAGUCCUUGGCAUGUCCAGCCAGUGAAGACAUUUGGAGUCACCCUGGGUGUAAUGGAGAUAUUUGUCAGAAAAGAUGGACGUGACCAGACGAUCCAGGUUUUGCCAGAUGACCAGGUUUCAAGUUUAAAAGAUAAAAUUGAAUCCCUGCAGCGAAUCCAGCGAAGCCAGUACUACUUAACCUUUCAAUCAACGCCGCUUGAAGAUGCACGUACACUGCAAUCUUAUGGCAUUAAGCACCAUUCUACCAUCCUUGUCAACCUGAGAUUGCGUGGUGGCACUGAGAUUCAACUUCCUAAUGCAGUGGAUCCUCUGUGGGGCAGAGGUAAAACCACAUUCCUGAGGAAGAACAAACGCUCAGCAAUGAUGGAGCUGUACUGCACAGAGCCCAGGAGACUGGACGAGUUCAUCAAAAGAAACUUGGAGCCAGUUGGAUUUAAUGCUGAGGUGAAGCAGGCUGUGCACAGAAUCUGUGAAUUUUUAAAGAAUCGAUGUUUCAUGCAUCAACCCAGCAUUAAAGUGAUCAGAGCUGUUAAGGGUGGGUCAUCAGGCAAAGGUACAGCCGUAAAAGAGAGCUCAGAUGCAGAUGCAUGUGGCAUUAAAAAAGAGGGGAAGUCCAAUGCGAAUGAAGCACAUUGUGAAUUGAUCAGAUUUAGAAGCAGAAACAGCACCACAGAUGGAGAAUUUUCUGCCUGCUUUACUGAACUUCAGAGAGCGUUUGUAAAGAAGUAUACUUCAAAAGUCAAAGAUUUGAUCCGCCUGCUGAAAUAUUGGUACAAACUGUACGUGAAGCCAGAGUUGAGAGCCGGAACACGACUGCCACCAAAGUAUGCCCUGGAGUUAUUGACUAUCCAUGCCUGGGAACAAGGUAAUGGCAAGGAGAGAUUUGACACGGCUGAAGGGUUCCGCACAGUCCUGGAAUUGAUCUGCAGACAUCGGGAACUGUGCAUCUACUGGACUGACUACUACGAUGUCACUAAUGGAUCCUUGGCAGAAUUUUUAAAAAGUAAACUCUGUGAGAGGAGACCAGUAAUUCUCGACCCUGCUGAUCCAACUGGAAACGUGGCUUCAUCAGGUGUCUGGGACGUGAUGGAAAAUGAAGCCAGGAAGUGCCUAAGAAUGCCUUGUGUCUCUGGCGUCAGUCCUUGGCAUGUCCAGACAGUGCAGAAGGUUACCAUCACAGUGACUGCCCUGGAUGGCAAAUCACUACAACUACAUCUCAUCGUUCAUGCUAGAAUCUCCGCGAUCAAACGCAGCCUCGAGGAAGAGUGGAAGAUUCCAGCUCCCCUGCAACGCCUGGUUUACCAUGGCACCUUUAUGAAUGAUGACAAAACCUUGCUGGAUUCCAACAUCUUCGUUGAAACAGAGAUUCAGCUGAUCAGGCUAAUGGAAAUAAUUGUCCAGUUACCUGAGGAGAACAGGGCAGUUAAAGUUUCACAGAUAGACAAGAUGUUACCCAUGAUCCAAGCUCGAAACAUGGAUUUGUAUGAAACAUCUCCUCGUAAACUGGAUACAUUUAUUUACACGUUUCUUCAACCUGAUGAAGAAUUUCUGAAGCAAGCUGGUGAGGCUGUGGACAAGAUCUGUUCUUUCUUAAAGCAAUGGUGCAACUCCAUUAAGAUCAGUAAAACUGUGAAGGGUGGCUCCCUUGGAAAAGGAACAGCUUUGAAAAAUGGCUCAGAUGCAGAUCUGGUUAUCUUUCUCAACCACUUCAGAUGUUUUGGAGACCAGAAGAGAAACCGGGCUGAAAAUUUGAAAAUAAUUCGUGAGGAGCUGGAGGCAUGUAGGCAUUUAAUUGGACAUGACAUCAAAAUGUCAGUACCCAAAAUAAUUUCCACUCAUUCUUCUCCUCGUUCUCUGAACUUCCAGUUGAAAGCCAUGGAACACUCUGAUUAUGUUGAGGUUGAUGUUCUCCCUGCAUUUGAUGCUUUAGGUCAGCUUAUAUAUAGACGCCCAAACCCUCAGGUGUAUGAAGACCUGAUUGAAACUGGAGAGCCUGGUGGAGAAUUCUCAACUUGUUUCACUGAACUUCAAAGGAACUUUGUAAAAUCUCGUCCUACGAAACUUAAAAGCCUGAUCCGACUUGUGAAGCACUGGUAUAUUGAGUAUGUCCGUCGCCCAUAUAAACCCCUUCUGCGAAGUGGAGAGUAUCUCCCACCAAAGUAUGCUCUGGAGCUGCUGGCCAUCUAUGCAUGGGAAAGUGCCAAGAAGGGUGAAAAUUUCAACACUGCAGAAGGAUUUUGCACAGUUCUGAAACUGAUUGUCCAAUACAAGUACUUGUGGGUGUUUUGGAGAGAAAACUAUGAUUUUGACUCUGACAUUCUUCGCAGUUUCCUGCAAACUAAACUUCAAGAAGAAAGGCCCAUGAUUCUCGAUCCUGCUGACCCAACAGGCAACGUUGCGGGAAACGCUAGAUGGGAUCUCGUUGCACGAGGUGCUCAAGAAGGUUUAAGGCAAAACUGUGUGCAAGGCAUCAGCUCCUGGGAUGUUCAGCCUGUGAAGAGUAUUUCAAUUUCUGUGAUGCGUGUGAUCAGUUCAUUGCCUGUCAACCCCUUCCACUCUGUUGGACGCAUUAAGCAAAUGGUUGAGGGCCAGACUGGAGUAUCAAUGUCCAAUUAUGACCUGGAAUGGCAUGGCCAGAUACUGCAGGACGCAUGGACGCUGUCUGAUUAUGGGAUUUUCUAUGAUGUUAACUUCUCACUGAAGGAGCAACCCUCUUGGUGCAUUCUGCUGUAACGAAACAUUGUCUAAAGAAUCAAGAUGAGCACAGAAGCUGAUGUCAAAACGCUGACCAAACACAACAGAUCACUGCGGAUGUUUCCGUGUGCAAUGUAAUCCCAAACUGCAUCUGAGUGAAUUAAACUUACGCCUGGAUUACCCAAUACACUGAUCUUUGGUGUCAAAUGGAUUAUUCAUAUUUCUAUAAUAGGUCAAUAAUAGUUGAAAAGCUCCAUUUAGUAUCAGAGAAUGUAGACAACACACAAUCUGAAAUCCUCACUCACUGCAGACAUCCUUGAAACAAAGGGAAGCCCCAAAGAAUGAACGUAAGAACCACAAAGUCCUCAGCCCCCUCCCACCACAACAGUAACAAAACCAUCAACCCUCCCCCUCUCCUUUCCUCCUACUUAUUCUAGCAUAAAGCAUCAACAUUCCCACCACCCACCGUGCAAGCAACAGCAAAGCUCCCCAAAGACAGUCCAUCAAAAUCACUCCAGCAUUUCAACAUCCCACAGUCUCUAUCUCUCUCUCUCUCUCUCACUAACAAGGGAGAGACAGAUCUUGCUCCUUCCACAGUGACAGGGGAGACAAACAGCUGCCGUUUUGAUGUUACAGUUAAUUUGAAGCAUUGCUUUUUAUUUCAAGUUCCCCAGCUUGAGGACCGGUGGCAAACUUUCCUGCAGCAUUGUGUGAGGGAAAGAGAGAAACGAGGAGAGAGAGAGAGGGAGGGAGAAAGAGAGUGAUCAAUCCCCAAUGUAGCACUCUUUGACAGCCACUCUCGCUGUCUGCGAAGUUUUGCCUCCUGCUAAACUUAGUUCACGACACCGACGAGAAUUUGUGUACACAAGAAUCUGUAGAGGAGACAAUAAAAUUUGCACUCUCUCCCUGAGGCAGAGGGGAUUCUGGGAGACUUGGCAAAGAUGUGGAAUUCUGAUAGGGUGAAGCCGUAUUGGAGGAGGCUGAUGAUGAGAAAAAUGGACCUUUUGGACACUGCUGCCUUGCACGUGUAUUGGAGGGGAAUAUUUCAAAUUCAAAGUACAUUUAUUAUCAAAGUAUGUAUGAAGUAUACAACCCUGAGAUUCGUCUUCCCACACUGUCAUCCACGAAACAAAGAAAACCAUGGGGCCCGUUCACAGAAAAAUGCCAAAACUCUCCCCACGCACAAAGAAAACAAAUCAUACAAAUGAUAACAAAAAAAGCGAAAAACACACAUAGAAUAUAGGACACAAAACUGAAGCAGUCCAGACGUAGUCAAUUUGGUUCAGUUUUCGUUAUCUGCAUGCUGCCCUGAUUCAAAAUCACCAAAAUGCCAACAAAAAGGUGACCAUGAACAAGAAACACAUCAUUAUUGAGUAAACAGGGAUAUCUAGUUAAUGAACACAUAUGGGCAACUAGUCUAUAGACAUAGCUUCAGUAUAAUGGGCCUAAUGCCUUCUUUAUAAUCUUAUUUCUAAGCUUUAAGUUUGCCAAAACCAAGAACAAAAGGUUUUCAUGUCCUGGAUUAAACUGUGUUGUGGUAAAUGUAGUGGUAGUUAAUGAUGUUAUUCCAGUGCCUCUCAGUUGGUCACUCCCACAUGGGAGGAGUUCACUUUCUGUACAAGCAGGGUUCUCAAUAAAGUCCAGUUGAAUACCCUGCACGCUGGCCGUCUGGUGUGUGCUCUGCACCAUCCCUCAAUAUCAACCACAACUGAGAGACUCCUGGACAGGUACAUGGAGCUCAGUAAAAUAGAGGGCUAUGGGUAAAUUUCUUAACAGUAAAUAAACUUGACUCUGUUGCAGAUGUUUUUGUUUUGAGGUUGCGUCAUUCCACAACACGGGCCUCUGAUGGGUGGAGAGACCAACUCAGAGAGAUACUUGCUAUUUUGAAAUAUUUCCUAUUUUGCCACAUCCUCAUGCAUAUCUGUCUGUGUGUGAUCCUCACGGUGAGGUUAACCACUGUGGUUUGGUUCUGUCAAGUGUUAAAUGGGAUAGAUCCGGGAGAAUACAAAAUCAGGGUCUCAGUUUCUAGAGCAUUUUUGGGUUUAGGACAUAUAGCAAAUCACUUCAGCAACUAACUUCAGCCACUAAUUGUCAAAUCUGAAUAUGGUCUUUAGAUGAAAUGUAAAAUGCAGCUCUGAACAGUGGGUUCCUGAAGGCUGUGAAUCGAAGUUAAGGGGAAGACCAGACAAUGCUGAUUAUACAAGCACCAGACAGUGGUGCUUAUCGAAUUUUCUCUAUUUCUGCAUAAAUAUGACCAAAAAUGUGAUCAGAUCUUCACGUAAGUCCUAAAACUUGAUAAAGAGAACCCAAUUAAAUAAGUAACACAAAAAACAUUAUACUUGUUCAUUUAUUUAUGGGGAAAAAUGUUCCAAUAUUACAGGUAUUUGUUGGAAAACAUAUGUGAACCUCUGCUUUCAGUAGCUGGUGUACAGCAAUAACUUCAACCCCAGUUUCCAGAACCUGUUGAUCAGUCUUGCACAUCGGCUUGGAGGAGUUGUAGGCCAUUUCUCCUUACAAAACUGCUCCAACUCUGGGAUGCUGGUGGGCUUCCUUGCAAGAACUGCUUGCUUCAGGUCCUUCCACAACAUUUCUUUAGGGUUCAAGCUGGAUGAACUCAGCCGGUCGGGUAGCAUCUGUUGAAAUGAGCAGUCAAGGUUUUGGGCCGAGAGCCUUCUUUAGGGUUAAUGUCAGGACUUUGACUCGACUAUUCCAAAACAUGAAUUUUCUUCUUUUUAAACCAUUCUGUUGUUGAUUUACUCUUGUCUUCUAGAUCACUUUCUGGAAGAAAAUUAUUGCAACUUCCAUUAAACUUCAGGUGAUGGACUGCUACCCUGAUGUUCUCCUGUUAAAUGUUAUGAUGGAAUUUUGAAUUCAUUGUUCCCUCAACGUUUGCAAGCUGUCCAGCCGCUGAGGCAGCAUAUGU